AAGAACACUGCAGAGCAUCAAACCUCUGCGGUCAGUGAAGCAGAGCCCCAGCAUGAGAAUGAGCCACUGACAUUGUCCGGGAACAAAGCUGACACACCUCUAAAACACUCCAGUGAAGAACCAGGGGGCAAUGUCAAGAAAAAGGUGCCUGUAUCACAAUUGUAUAUGUUGAAAAUGUAAUACAUGUUUCAUCACAAAACAAUAAAAAGGUGCCAAAUAUCCAGUAGAGUAUAGAGUGAAUAUGCAGAGUUUUGCUUUGCUUUGUUUCCCUUAGUUACCUUUAAAUACUGAAAUGUGUUAUAUUUGAAAAUACAAUUCUGUAACACUUUUGUUUGUACAUAGAGUGGAGACACCCCCAGCAACACUGAGCUGACCACAGACACACAUCAGAAAGAGGAGUCUUCUGGGAGUGAGAGCUAUGCAGCGGUGGACGUUCCCCCUACAGGAACUCCAUCUAAGAACACUGCCACUCCAACCAUACCCUCCAAACCUCCGACCUCUCUUAUCCCAUCCCUGUACCACACAACCACAGAAGACCAACCCGAGGGUCCAUCAAAGGAAAAUAAAAGUGAACCACUGAAUGAGUCAAACACAAGCCAAACCCAACCUAGUUCAGUAAAACAAGAGUUGCCUGAGAAGACUGGCUCAUCCACACAUGAGACAACAGAUCAGAACACAGGACCUGUCUCAGUCCCAACUCAACCAGUAAGAAAGGCAUCAUAUAAAGAAGCUCUGGUGGGAAACUCUCAGGACACAGAAGACAUGUCCAGGACCCAGAGUGUUGGAGAAACCACAGAGACAAGAACAGCAAAGAGGAAGCAGAGGUAAUCAAUAUCUCUCUAUUCUAUUAUGAUUUAUCAUAUAUAUUUAUAUUUGAACUGCGUCUUUUGUAACAUGUUUGUACUUUAUCAAUAAGCCUCGAGAAUCAAGACGAGAGGCUUCCAAGCCAACACAAGGAAUCAGAGAAGCAGAGUAAUUAUGGGGGUGGUGAUGCCUCCAAGUCAUCGACUGCUGGAUCCCCACCUGCAAAGAAAGAUAGGCCACCAAACCAAAGCAAUGACGAAGACUUCCAGCAGGUGACAUCAAAAAAGAAAAAGGACCAGCGGGAAAAGCCAACCCAAAUGUAAGGCCAGUUUAUACAUGAAAUUGGACUUUCCAAUAAAACCAUGUUACUUGUCAAGUCAAAUUAAACAAUUCAAUGCACAUUUUACAUAGGUGUCACAACAGACUUCAUGGGAAAUUUAAGGAACAAGUAAUGCUUAAACUACCACAGUUGUUGGGGGAAUUAAUAUUAUAACACAAUGUAAUUAUGAAAGUAGGUCGUUUUUCAUGUUUUGAAGUUCAGCAUAUUUUGACAUUUGUGAACUUCCUGCUUUCCAGGAGCCCUGAAGGGAGCAAGGAAGCUGGAGUCAGGAAUGAACAACAGACAUCCAGUAACCAGAGUGACAAGUGUACCAAGGAUGAAGCAAACUCACAGCCGUGUGUUGACCAUUCCCAAGUAUCAACUGAUGACCCAACAGAUAAGUCAAACACAAGCCAGGAAGAAACAAAGUACACCAACCAGGAAAAGCAUUCACAGCCUCCCCAAUUGUAAGUGUCUGUCAUAGAUUGAAUGUGUCUAAUACAGGGCUCCAGACUGCGACCAUACAGUCGCAUUUUGCCACCCUUUGACUUGACUUUGUGCGAGUUACAUUUUUAAUUGGUCGCAUUGGUGCGGGCUGCAAAUUCUACCUGGUCAACUCACUCAAAAUGUCCUAUUUUUAGGGGUGGAUAAAACCAUGAUUUGGUCAAACGGUAAGGUGCAUUAUCCUCAUGACUCCUGUAAUGUAAGCGUCUGCCCUGUGCCUGUUUCACACUGUUUAAUAAUCAAGAUAAAUCUUAUGGCAUUGAAAUAAAUACGGAGCUAGUAUCAGAGAGGAAGAGGCUGGUAGUAUUGAACUGGGUAGGAAAUCAAUUACAUGUAUUGAACUCAUUAGAAAAUUAAUUAAUUUGCCCAAGUUUAUAAUAAAACAUGAACCGAAUGCAUCAGUAAUUAUUAUUUCCUGCAACUUUCUGAAGAGGCAAUGACACUGGACUGCCCCUGUCUCAUCUGUGUGUGCGGUACGCGUAUGUUGUAGCCGUUAGCGAUGCUAAUGAUAACUGUCUUCUGGUAGAUGGAGAAAGGCUUUCCCAAAAACCUUCUCAUUAACUAGAAAGUAGCUAAUGCCUACCUGUCAGAAUUAUAUCAUGAUUAUUUAAAGAAAUCCAGUGGUUAUUUGUUUUGCAAACUCUAUCAUCACAUGUGGACUACAAAAACACAGCUAAACAACAGCCUUUUGCUAGGUGUGCACUUCAAUUAAAGGGUAACUACACUCAGGGGUGAAAGUAAGGCAGAACAAAAUAAAUAGUGGGGGUAUACCGUACCGGUAAAACAUGAGGCUAUCACAAUAAAUUACAGCAAAAUGUCAAGACAACUGUGGACUUCACACCAUUAUUUAUCAUUACCGCAUGACAGAGGCAUGAAAAAUGUGCGAACGGACUUGAAAACGGGUGGUAUAGCCUACGCUCCAAAAUGCGAUGUAAUUCGAUGAGAACGUUUAAUUUUGCGAAGGCAGAGAUGAUUGGCUGACACUGAGACGUGUGCGGACAGCAGUGGACACAUCCAUUCUGGUCUAUUGACAAUUGGCAAAUGUCUUUACACUUUUUGGUGUUUUGUGUAACAGAUGUCUCUUUUCAUUCACCACCGUUUGGAGGCUGAAAAAUGGUGUGAGUGGAUGAACGUGCAUGGGUAGCCUAGUAAAGCACUUUGAAAUGAUUGUUUGACAAUCAGAUGAAAACAUAAUAGCUGGUUGUGUUUAUGCCACAAUAAAAGGUAAUACAUUUUAAAAGGUAAAAUAAACAUCUUUACGGCUAGGCCCAUAUGCAAGCGCAUGCACACAUAGGAGGUCCCGUAUUGGGAAGAAAUUAAAUCUACUUUCACCCUUGUCUACAUUCCAAAAUUGAAAUUUCUUCGAUUUUUCCAAUACCUCCAAAAUUGUCUCCCGAUGUGGUUUAAGCAUUGUUGUGGACUUACAACAUCCAAUUUUGUUGUUUUUCUACCAAAAAAGUUUGAUUUCUAGAGUGAAAACCUGAAAAAAUUGGGAAAAAUCUGAAACCUGGUACAACAAAACCCAUAAAAAAAAGAAGCAAUUUUACUAAACGGAAUUUGGCCCCAAUAUUUUUUUUAUAGAGUUCCCACUUCCGCAAGUGGUGAAUUAGCAGCAAUUGAAUUAGGCCGAUAUGUGCACAUAAAGAUGAAGGCAAAUCUCUAUUGAACCAAAAAAUAAUAAUUCUUUAGUCCUAUUUUGAUGGUAAAAUAUAACAAUAAUAGCCUAAUUGUCAACCCAAAAAAUAAUAAUUAUUUAGUCCUAUUUUGAUGGUAAAAUAUAACAAUAAUAGCCUAAUUGUCAACCCAAAAAAUAAUAAUUCUUUAGUCCUAUUUUGAUGGUAAAAUAUAACAAUAAUAGCCUAAUUGUCAUAUCAAAAUAUCUUAAUCAUGCAUUCUUGCUUGGGCAUGUUAGAUGUAACAACUUAUUUAUUGAAUACCAUCUCAGUAGUUUAUUACACUUCUUAUUAAGCGUUGUGAAUUACUUUAGAAUUACUUUAUAAGAUGAUUUCACGUUUUUCUAUUGCGUGACGCCACAAUUUAAUUUUUAGAGUGCGACCAAAUCAUGGGCUAUUGCUACCAACUGAAAAGGUUAGUGGCACCAGUGCCGCCAGGGGAAAACGUUAGUCUGGAGCCCUGCUAAUAUUUUAAACUGUCACAGGUACAUCUUCACCAAACAUUAGUUCAAACUACCCCUCAUUCUUUACUCGAGUUUGUGUUACAGGACCCUUGAUAUUUACUGAUGCUGGUUUCUGUAUUUUUUUUCUCUCCUUACAGCCCAACCAAAGUGCAUCAUGUUUCUGAUAAGGAUAACCUUACCAUUUAUUUUCACGCUGUUGUAUCCAAGCGUUUCAAGUUGGACCCCUUAAAUGACGUGGUUUGUUUGAAAUCUGGAAGUCUUUUUGAGACCUGGGAUACAAAUGGAUUGAAAAUGGAAAUCACAGGGUAAGGUAAAAAAUGUUUGCCCUUUGUUGGCACUAAUGUAUUUAAUGUUUAGUAAUUGAUGUGACUUUUCAAUUCACUUACUUUUCUUAUCAUUGACUCUGAUUAGUGUGUCCUAAGCAAGUCAUUGUAUUAUGUGUUUCUGUAACCUGUUUUUCGAGUGAUAGUGUGAAACAGUUGUCCGAGAAUAAACAUUGUAAUUUCAUACUCAAUAUGAGCCAGAAACCUCAUUUAAAAAAUGUUGCAUAUUUUUCAUCAUCCACUUUAAAGGGAUUUAAGAGGGAAUGGAUUUCUUGUUGAAGGACGAAUGGUGACCUCUAAAAAGAAUGUUGGUGUCUCCAUACCUUACAAGUAUGUUGUCUACAAGAGGAAAGACAACUCAUAUGAGGAGAAAUAUGAGCACAUCUACCUAAAGGAUGCAGAGCAACAUGUCAACAGGUGCCUAUUCGUCAAAGAGGAUCUUUUGACACUUGACGGUAAUGCUUGACUAUUAUAUUACUAACAAGACACCACACACACACACACACACACACACACACACACACACACACACACACACACACACACACACACACACACACACACACACACAAACACACACACUAUGCUAAUCAGGGUGCCUUUUCUACUUCUAUGUGGAAUGUAUAUGAAAUGACAUUGAACCCAUAAAUAUUAUACUGAUCCAUUUGUCUUAUUUAUUUUUUGUCAUAGGGGAGUGGCACCAAUAUGAUGAUAUCAUACGCUCGGAACCUGACCAAAGUUGGAAGUCACGCUUCAAAAGCUGGAUUGCAUGGUGGGAUGUCUACAAGGAAAAGGUAGUGGCGGGCAGGCAGCUGGCUGGAAAGGUGAUGCUGGAAAACAUUUUUAAUCUACUUCAAACAUGGAGUGACGUGAACAUUAGGAACUUCUUUACUCAACUCCAGCAGUUCUUCACCAAUUACAAAUCCCCCUUCGUCCAUGUGGAUGGUUCAAAGACAUGGGAUCUGCAGUAUGGAGAAGAACAGGUAGAUUCGCUUGCCUAUUUUGAGGAACUGUCAUUAAGUAGCUUUUAUGAACGAAAUUGAUAUAUAACUUGUGUUCAUAAAUGCUUUUAUAUGUAUUGUUAACCGCAUUUUAUGAAGAUAAACAAAUUAAAAUGUGUGUUGCUUGUUAAACAGUCACCUUGCCAUUGUUUCAGCCUAUCAGCUAUUCUGUCAGCCAUAUUGUUAUUUACAUGUUGAUGGCUCAAUCGGCAAAUACUUAGGAGUUGUUAUCGUAUUAAUGUAAAUGUAAGGAAUCUUUAUUGUACAUUCCUUUUUUCAGGUGAAAACCCUUUUGAAACAGUUCAUGCAGCAAGCUAUAGAUGGAGAGAUCCAAAAGGGGAACGAGAAGCGUGAGGAUUUUUUCUCUGAUCCUCUGAAAUUAGGAGUUAUUAUCCUGAUUGUCCACAUCAAUUACAGUUUAGAUGUCAGUGUACAUAUUUCUAAACUGUGUGAGUUGCUCUGCCUGCCUAAAAAGCCAAGAGAGGUUUUCCUUGCACACUGGACAGAGUUCACACAAGGGCUACCAGGUGACAUCAGGUAGGAAAUCAUUUUCUUUCCUCACUCACCGAAAGUAAAGACCUUCCUAAUGUUUCUAAUCCAAUGAAUAUUGACAAAAUGUAAAUAUCUUGAACUGAAGAUGGAUGUUGUCUACUUUCUCCUUCAGGGUUUCGGAGGCAAUUGAGACACUAUGCAACUUUGCAAGAGAACAGAGAGUUGAGAAGUGGGUCUUGGUUAUCCCCCUCCUGCAUCUGCUUAGAGGGGAGAGCAAGCCAUUUGAGGCUGUUCCGCUGGCCAUGAAUACAAAGUUGGAUAUCUGGGCGGGGCUGAAAGGGAUCAAAGCACCAGAAGGCCACACAGACUCGGUGUUUGAAACACAGGGAUUAAGGUAAUUGGCAAGGCUUCACUUACGAUUCAUUUGGAAUUAAUGGACAAUAAAAUGGUUACGUCUGAACCAAUUACAACAACAGGUUGAAAAGAAAGUAAUACAAGUAAUAGUAGUAGUAGUAGUAGUAGUAGUAGUAGUAGUAGCAGUUCAAUACAAAUCCUAUAAGUAUACCUAGAAUCAUAUCUUUCACAUUGCAGUCCAGAUCUUAAUUAUAAGUCUACUUUAUUAUUUAACCAACAAUUCUAAUAUUUAUCCUAUUAACACUAUGUAUGUUUAGUCCAUAGUCCUGUUUUAAAUCUCAGAGUUUUGCCUUCUUGAAAAUUAGGGAUUCCAUCCAAAUAAUGGAAAAGCACAAACACCUUGUGGCGAUGGACUGUCUCGUUGCUCGCUCUUGGAUGUCUCUGUUGGGGCUGGAUAACUUGUUCAGCUAUGCAUCAAGCAUCCCUCUUGAUGUCUUGGACACUCUUCAAUACCUCCAGUUUAGACUGACUUCCGUGGAGGACUUUAAACAUGAGGUACAUAUGUCCCUUCCUUUUGAAAAG